AUGGGUAAUGGUUGUUGUAGCCUAUGUAAGAAGAAAGCUGUCAAAGCUCAAGUAGCUGUUGUACAAACAGAAAAUGUUAAAGAAAAAGAAAUACCGUUUGGUUAUGUUUUCAUCUAUCCUGGCGUUCAAACAUCGAAUAAAACCUAUACAUGUCCAGUACUUUCGAUUCAUACAUAUAAGGAAUCAGUUCGAAAAACUGCAAUCGGUUAUGGGCAGACAACAUAUUUCACUGAUAAAAAGAAACGUGAACAAUUGGGUCCUGUUAGCACAUCAAAAGAAGAAAAUAUGUCGGCUGAUGAAGAAGUCAUCAUUAUUCCUGUUGAAGAUAUACUCAGUAUCAAGUAUACUUCGGAUAUAAAAAAACAUGUUAAAGCACAA